AUGGCGGCUAGUUGCUGUGCAAAUAAACUCAUACUUAUUUUGAUACUAGCACUUUUUAUUACAUAUUUCAUCGCUCACAAUUCAACCCACAAUGUAGUUAAUGAUGUUUCUUCAUUACUUGUGGGCUGUAAACUGGAUAUAAGAUUUUAUCUGGGUAGAAAUUCAGGAUUACCUCGUCUUGGCAAGACAUUGUGUGCUAUACCUACAAGUUCAAAGAUAAUGGCAUGUGUUCACUUGGUCAAGUUUUCUCUUGCUGCUGGAUAUCUUGUUCUCUUAUCUAACGAUGUGAAUUUAAACCCUGGACCUACUGCUGGUGCUUUGAUCUGUCCAUGGUGUGAUAAAUCGAUUCAAAGAAAUCAAGCUCAUUCACAAUGUACAUCGUGUGAACUGGAUUUCCAUUUGAAAUGUCUUGGAGCUGAAUACAACCAAACUGGCUGUUGUCAUUUAUGCAGUUCUCUGUUGCAUAACUUGGCUCAGCCUGAAUAUUCAUCUGAUGAGCUGUUUCUUCCUGCUAAGCUGUGAGAGAUUUUGAAACUAUGUGGAUUUAAGAUUGUCCAUCAAAACAUUCUAAGUCUCAGACGUAAAAUUGAUGAGGUGCGCAUUAUAGUAAAUGAAUUAAGAUGGGGACUACACUUAAUUGCUUUAACUGAAACAUGGUUAAAUAAGGAGAUACCAGAUGCCGAGCUUCAAAUCCCGGGUUAUAAUCUAUUUCGAAGGGAUAGGGGUGUUCAUGGUGGUGGAAUUGGUGUUUAUGUUAAAAGAAAUAUCUUGGUCACUAGAAGAGAAGACCUGGGGAAUGUAGAUGUCGAGGGUCUGUGGCUAGAAAUAUCUUUGCCUAAAUCGCGUGGAUUCUUGGUUGGAACCUUUUAUCCUAACUCUUCGAAUCAUCAUGAUAAGGAUUUUAUGUUUAAACUGAAUAACAGUUUGGAUAUUGCCAGUGCUCAGGGUAAAGAAGUUUUAAUCACAGGUGAUCUAAAUGUUGAUUUAUUGGCCAAGAGAGCUGUUAUACCAGAGUGUAAACAGCUCAGAUCGUUAUUAAAAUGUUUGCAAUUUAAACAAGUAAUUGACAAGCCUACAAGAAUAGCUCCUAAUUCCCUUACACUUUUAGACAUUAUAGCAACAAAUCGCCCCCAGAAUAUAAGUGACUCAGGAGUUAUAACUACCAAUCUGAGUGAUCAUGAAAUGACUUUUUGUGUACAGAAAAUUAAUUGA